CAAAUAACCUUGCUGGCAGGCAUAAACAGCAAAAUCACACGCAAGUAUAUAAAGGUGGCCGAGUCUGCUAGAUUGUCGUUAAUUCCACUUCGAAUUCCCGCUCGGCUCACAAUCAAAAAAAUCAAAGCGAAUCGACAUGAAGGUCUACAUUCUCGCCGUGUUGCUCGCCGUCGUGUGCGUCUCUUCUGCCCAGUUCCCGGCCGGAUGGAACUACAAUCCGUACUUGUACUUUCCGUACUCGGCCCUCCAGCCCCCGGCACAGGAAACAGCCGAAGUCGCAGCCGCUCGUGCUUCCCAUAUGGCCGCUCACGCCGCUGUCGCUCGUCGUGCACGCUCCGUUGAAGACACUCCCGAAGUGAGGGCCGCCACCAUCGAACACUACCGCGCUUACAACGAAGCUGCUUUGGCCAAUGGCGUUUUUGCAUUCUUGCCCGCUCGUUACGCCAACAUGCCGUGGGCUAUGCCUCAACCGGUCCAGGACACUCCCGAAGUGGCUGCCGCACGCCGCACUCACUUGGCCGCCCACGCCCUAGCCGCCGCACGAGGUUAAUAAGACCAGCUCAAAUGUCGUUUCCAAUUUUGUUUUUUUGUUCCAGCUACUCGUACAAACACCUGAACAUUUCGAACGGUACCCCCAAAAUGCCCAUAGAUUUUUGUUGGUUUUUGUUUUAACAUGUAGAAUGAAUAAACUGUACGUUAAUUUUUUAUAAAUAUUUGAACUAUUA